ACUUUCGCACACGACUCUCGCGAUACGGCCGAGGAAAUAUAACAACACACACACACAUACACACACGCAUCAGGCGGGGCCGAUCGGUCGAGCUUGUCGUUGGAAAUAUCAAAAGUCGAUUUAUCGCCGGUUUUACGGCUCUUAUGCCUCGGCGCGUAUAUUUUUUAACGUAUCAAUUCGCGCGCGUUUACGAUCCGCCUUAUCGCGGGAACCGAGGCUCAGUUCAAGCUUCUCCGCACAGUGCGCGCCGCGCAUUCUCUCUCGCGCUCGCUCUUGGAGACGAUGGACUGGCUGCCGACGCUGCUCGCGCUCCUCCUGCUCGGGGGACUAGUGUGCCGGGCCGAUGCCGCCGCGCUCGAGAGCUCGACGAUUCCAGCCGAACCGGAGGACCCGGAAACAUCCACGGUACCGAUCACGUCGCUGCGCAUGUACCACUUCGAGCCUCCAGUCAAGCGCAGAUCGUUCAAGCCCGCGCCGAGCCCGAAACCGGCCGAAGAAGAGCCGUCCAACCGUACCCUCGAACUGGUGCAGCCUCGCUCGGGUAAGCUCCUGCUGCCGGUACCGCCUUCGCACUGCUACCUGAACGAGACCAAGGCCGACGACGAGGAGAUCGUCGGCUGGCUGGCCGCUCUGCCGGCCGAUCGGAAGCUGCGGCUCCUCAAGGCUCUGGGCUACGACCCGGCCAACUGCACCAGACCGCGGCGUCGAUGCAGCAAGAAGACGCCGCCCGCGCUCGCGAAGCUGCCCACGACGACCCCCAAGGCCGCCGAGGAGCCCCCUGCUACGACCACCAGCACCAGCACCACCACCAGCACUACUCCGGCGCCCUCUACGAGCACGAGCACCACCACGACGACGACGACGCUGACGCCGGAGACGGAGGAGCUGACCACCACCAGCAGCACCACCAGCACCACCGAGUUCGCCCCGAGGAGGAGGAUGCUGACGCCGACGACCACCACUACCACUCCCGGCAGUAGUGCCAGCACCAGCAGCAGCACCACUACCACCACGACGGUGGCGCCUCCGCCGAAGAAGGAAAAGUCCAAGUGCAGGAAGAAAAAGAAGGCCGCGGCCAAGAAGCUGAAGGAGACGAAGGAGUAACCGAUCGAUCCAGGUUGGAUUUUGAGCAAUAAAAGGAAAUUUAUGUGACUAA